GAUUUCUUUAGAAAGAAACAAAAGAAUAUGUGAAUUAUGUAACCUUAAUUGUGUUGAAGAUGAAUUUCAUUUCCUUACUGAUUGUCCAUUCUAUGUUGAAGAAAGAAAUAUGUUUUUUAAUGGUAUAUACAAGCUCAACAAAAUUUUUAUCUAUCUAACAAAUAAGGACAAAUUUACUUGGUUGAUGAUUAAUGAAGACAAACCAGUAAUUGUCAAAUUGAGUGAAUAUUUAGUGCAAACUUUCAGAAAAAGAAGUGAUGCUUUAAAACUGCAAAAAUCAUUAUAGUUUAUUAUUCAUAUAUUGGUAUAAUACUGAUACUGUCCAUCUACUUGUAUAUAUACAUGAUUAGCAAUUCAUAUAUUUAUGUACUUGUUUCCCCAACAUGCUGCAUCCACAUGCAGUUUGCAGUCUAUGUAACCUGUAGUUAAUGUUGUAAACUUUCUUUCUUUUUUUGAAUUUCCUUCUUUAUAAAAUGUCUUACUGUUAUGCCCUCUGGGCCCAAAAUUGGAAUAAACUUAUCUUAUCUUAUCUUAAGCAUGGUCAAAACACUCCAGGGACAUAAAACAAUCAAACAAAUUAACAAACAUUCUGGUAUUAAUAGAUGAUAAAAAAUGAACUAGUUUUAAGCAUUUCUCUAUGUGACAUACUCAUAAGCAUGUUCUAAUAUAAUACCAUCUCUUAAUGUAGCCUGUCAUAAUGAAUAUGUCUGUUCUCUUUUGUUCUUUCUAACACAGUUCUGUUGAGGAUGGUAAGAAGGACCCUCUCAUUAGAAUGAUAUGGUCCUCUUUUUGAAAGCAAUUGUACAUGUAGAUACUUAGGCCAAUUCAACUUAAUUAGUAGAUUAUCAUCCAGGGUCAGCAAAAAGUAUGGGGUGGGUGGGAGGAUUUUAUUUUUUAAUUUUUAUUUUCUGAGAAAAAUAUUAAAGACAAACAAGAUUUUUUUUUUCCCAACAGAUCUGCAUCAUUUAAUGGCAGAUGGAUAUCAAUCUAUGCUAUUUUCAUACACUAAGCUUCCAGGUUAAGCUUUAAUUUAAGGAUAUAACAGAAAUACCCAACUUCUUCAAGAUUUACGUCAGUAAGAACGCAAGAAAUUAAGAAAAUCAUAUAAAUCUAUUUUCUUACGUGACUUUUCACGUUCCUAUACCGGAAAUGUAAACAAGAAGUGUAAAUACCGGAGUCGGAUAUGAAAAUAUUCCGGAAAUCGCAAGUUUCGCAACAUAAAAAAAUUCGGGGCGGGUCAAUUUUUGAGGGGCGGGCGGGGAUGAUAAUCUAUCAAUUAAGUUGAAUUGGCCUUAGCUGCAAUAUUGUAUCCCUCUCCGACUUUAGUUUAUAUUGACUUUUUAACAAAAAAGUCUGAGAGGGCAACAUUAUUGCAUGCAGCUAGCAGUCUUACAUUUCGGAACACUGGAAAACCUCAACUGCAUUUCAGGUGUGAGAAAAAUUUGCAAGAUUCAUUUUCACAUGAGUACUGGUAGCCACAUAGGAAUAAUAUGUCAUAUGCAGUCAUUGUAUGUUAAGAGUCACUAAUGAAUAUUAUUCCACGCAAAUUUAUCAGCCAUCAUAGAGGAUUCAGUUCAUGAAAAAGAAAUCUUGUUUACUAGGGGUGAAACGAUACAGUACCUUCUUGAUUCGAUUCGAUUUUCGAUACUUUAGUCUCGAUUCGAUGAUUUUCGAUUCGAUACAAUAGCAUGUUCCAAAUUCUUUAAAAUGCUUAGAUUUUUUUAUAUUUAUUGUAUUUAUUGCUCUCUGCAAAUAAAUUCUACAUAAUAUAAAAGCGUUUAACAUAAAGCAACACUCUUAUCACUUGUCCUAAAGCCGAACUGUCACCAUACCCAGGAUUUAUACAUUGGGGGUGCAUUUUUCAACUCGACUGUGUCCAUUUUGGUACAGCAAAGUUUACUGGUACGUUGAUUGGGCAAUUUUCAAUUCCAUUGGGCAAUCAGAAACCGUGUUAUCAAAAACAAUGUAUCAUAGUAUGCUAUGAUUCUAGAACCGUAUCAAACCGAAACAGACCCGGAAUAAAUCGAACAUCGAAUCGAGACCUCUACAUCGCGAUUCAGUCGCAUCGCAAUGCAUCGUUUCACCCCUAUUGCAUGUUUACAGAUAAUAUUUAUGCAAUUUGGAUGGAUGGUACGUAUACUGUAUAAGCUAAAUUGAAUAUCGCUAAGAAUUUAUUCCAUAUUAGAGCUAGGUAAUAUAAAAUGUAGGCAAAAUUAGCACUUGCUAAAUAUAUAAUAUACCCUUUUUUAUGGGAAAAUUGCUAACUUUGUGUCUUAAUUGCUAAAAAUUCCACUUAUCGUACAGUUCUUGUUUCAUGAAGAACUUGGGUGCAUGUCCCAAGUAUUUUGUGGUGUUGGCUUGUGUAUAAUAAUUUAGUACUUGUUUUCCCAAUAUUUCAUUUUAUCAAAAUGUUUUUUAAAACAAGUUAGGUUUUAAUUUUAUUCUUGAUUAAGAUUUCAUGAAUAAUCAUGAUAGUGGAGGUCUAAGGAAAAGAUCAAAAGAAUACCGAACCAAUGUUCACACACCAUGCAGUAUCAAUAUUACGAUUUAAUUUUGAAUAUUAGCAGCUUGAAGAAAAAUUCUUUCCAGAUGAAUCAUGGGCUCAAUGCAUAUAAUUUUCACUCAUGUUUACAAACACCCUUAACACAUGAAGUGGCGAUAAAAUGGGUUUCGUUGUCAUAAUGGUCUCCUGGAGCUUUCCCUUGGGCACAAUAUUACAUUUCUUUGUCGGAGUUGUUUCCCUUGAAUUGCUCUGACGAUUUUUAAGAUCAUAGGAGAUUUACACAAAGUACUUUUAUUUAAUCUGGACUCAGCUCAGGCAUUUGACAUUUUGCAAUAAAUUCUCAAAAGAUGUUUAAAGAGAGUGGAAAAGGAGGAGUUAUGUGUCACAAUUAAUCAUUUAUGUUUUCAUAUUUAAUUGUUUCGUGCCAGAAAUACAGUUUGACUCUUGAAGAAUGCAGAGCAAUUAUAAUAUUAAUCAUGUAAAUUAUGAUAUGUAUGAAGUAAAUGUGAUGGGUUUUUUUUUAUAUUAAGGAAAUACCUGUACAUAUCCAAACUAUAUGUAUACAUAUUUUUUUUAUGAUUAUCAAUAAUUGAAACUUAUUGUGAGACGCGAAUGAUAUUAAAACAUAAAACAAGAGGGGCCGGCAUACCAGUAUGUAUAAUAAAAUGUAAUAUUGAAAUUCCUCUCACUAAAAAUUAAACUGAGUGCAAACAAUGUACGAAAUAUCAGAUUUCAUGUUUGUUAUUCAUAUAGAGAUUUUUUAUUUUUUUAAAAAUCAGAACAAGUCAAUUUGACAUCCGUCAAUUCUCUUGAAUAAAUUUCCUGAAAUUUAAAGGAAAUUCUGAAAUGAAUAUUUGCAUGCAAGUGAUUCUUUGUUUAGCAAUUUUAGGAAAAUGUGUUCAGCAAAAGGAUUUUAUAAUUGCAGCAUAGAUAUUCUAAUUUAUUUUGUGAAAAUAAAUUGAUAAGGACGUGCUUGACCUUUCUAUUGAACUUUUGGAGUUAUGUAUGAAGGUAUUCAAGCAAAACUAUUUUAUUUGUGGUCGCAAAGUCAAAAAUAUUUUUGUGUAAGAUAAGAAAGUUUGAGAAAUAUAACACAAUUAAUGACUGUACAGUAAUAAAUAUUUAUAGCACAAUCAACGUCAUAGACCCACGAGAUAUAUCACAACCAAUAUAUGAAAACUAUGUCAAUAUGUCACGUAACAUUUAGCACCUCCAUGACAUAGAUCUCUAGAUUUCUACAUGCUGUCGGUCAUAGCUCUCAAGUUCAAUGAUCUGGGAACAUAGGACUGGCUGUCAAUCUAUAUAUCUAUAUAUAUAUAAACAGUUUAUGUAGAAUGGAUCGUACAGGAAAGUGGGUUAGCCGAGUGUUUUAAAGUUGGAUGCCCUGGCAUUAGAUUGUGAAGUCUGUGUGAGACUGUUUUGGUGUGCUGACUAUGCGGGUUUCUUUGUUCUGCCUCCAAUGGAAUAAAGCAGGCUCAGUAUAGUCUCGAGGCCUCAUUACUGUACUGUAUUUAUGCCAACAGUCAGCAUUAUAUUUAUUGUGACUUAAACAGAGAUUUUUAGUGCAGUGAAUUUGUUGUGAAGAAUACCGGUAAUAAAGUGAAACAUUUAGAGGGAGUUUUUUUGUUGGUGAAAUUUACUGAUCUCUCUACAGAUUGUAGUUUACCCUCGCAUCCAUUCAGUGUCAUAAAGGAAUAUUAUUGGCAGUAGGAAUAGAUAUCUAGAAACAAAUCCUCCCCCGGGAAUUCAUUCUGGAGAUUACUUAUUAAGUAGUGUAAAAUUCCAUAAGAAGCUACAAUUUGUAAGGUGUAUUUGAAACAUAUAUGUGUUUCAUGCAGUCGAGUACAUUCAUCAAAGUAAUCCUUUGUUCUGAUGAAUGGUUUUAAAAAUAUACAUAUUGAUAUUUGUUCCCUUUAAUGUUUGAUGAAAAAAAAUGGCCUGGAAUAUUAUACGAAGUCUGGGAGAAGACUUUUUAUCACAGCAUGCGAAUAGAAGUAAUCAAAUAUAAAGGACGUUGUAUUGACAUCUGCUCGCAUGUCAGAAUUGAAGACGGGGACCACUAAUAAAGAAAAUUUGAGCCACUUUUUCUUUUCUUUCUCUUCAUGAAUCCUUGUGAAGACAAUUCAUCAUUUUUCCCAACUCUGUGAAAUCGUAGAAAAAGAGGAAAUGUAAACAAAAAGUGAUACACAGGUCUGACUUGCCAGAGAUCACAUUGAACUUCAUGCUGGGGCUAGACUCCGUCAGGUGUGUCACAGAAGAGAAGAUUGCUUGCCAGCUGCCCUGUGUACAAGUCUUGUUCUCCAGGAAGAAUGGAGUCAAAGGUUUCAGUGACGAGGAGAUGCCCCAUGUUAUGGAGAGUGUCUGCAUGCCAGACACCACCCGACAGGACAGUGUGGCGACUUGUUCAAGCGAAGGAUCUCUUGAUGCCUCACCGCUGACCAAUGAUGGAGGCUGUUCCGUUACCCCUGACAACUCCCGUUCAUGUACACCUUCCUCUAUGAACUGUCUUCUGAGUCCCAUCAGUAAGGACAGUCGAUCAGCAGACAGUUCACAGUGCGAAUGCAAGGACACACCACCACCACCUCUGACAUGCAAAUGGAAAGACUGUGAUUGUGAAGACUUUGAAGAGCAAGGAAUCUUAGAACACAUAAAGUCAAAACAUGUGGAUUCUCAGGAGGGAAAGAAAGUCUCGUGUCUAUGGGAAGGAUGUAAGGUGUAUAGUGUUCAGUCAAGCUCGCGAGCGUGGCUCGAGCGGCAUGUGGUGUGCCAUUGUGGUGACAAACCAUUCCGAUGCAUUGUGGACGGGUGCUCUCUCAGUUUCACAUCACAAAAGGGAUUGGAAAAACAUGUAAACAAUCACUUCAAACUACAACAGUUGCCUAACCAUAGACCUUCGAAGUCACGUGAGGAUACACCCACCAAGAUGUGGAAGAAGAGGAAGUGUCGACGAAGUCGACCUCCUGGUGUUAAACAAGUGGAUUUCUUUGACGAUGGUUUAAUGGAGAAGCUACGUUUACAACUGACAUACAUAACAGAAGUUACACAAAUUGAUCUCAAUGGCAGCUCAAACUCCGCCACAUUCCACAGCCAUGUAAUAGCAAAAAGAACAGAUCGCACUGGAAAAGUCCAAGCCCUUCUCCACUGGCAGCCAGAACAUGUAAUACAAGAUUGCUGGGUUCCAGAGAAGGAUGUAGAAGAAUUCCUAACCUGCUCCAUCCCUCUCAAGCGACUACCUCAACCGACGGCGGCCAACCUCCACUCUUCCAUCUAUCAACACCACAGACUCCGCAAACACCGCAGAAAGUGACAUCACUUAGCAACCAAGUUCCCAAAGUGCAAAUAGAAUUUUGUAAUGUUAUUUUUUUUUUUAAAUUAUUGUUUCAUGACAGACUUUAAUUGAUGGGAUAAUAUGCUGGAUGUUCUUUGAUGAGUCAUGGCUGCAAUAUUUUCUUUUUCAUUGAGAUCUCAUAAUGGAGAAUCAAAGAAAAUAAGCAUUGAUUAAGAUAUUUUUCAGAAUUUAUUUUUAUUUUUAAAGAUUUGAAAAUAUCUGCUGUUUUGUGAAAUGAAAUAGCUCCAAUGAUGAUUUUUUUUUCUAGCUGAAUCAAUUGUAGCCAAUGGGAGGAGAAAUUUAGGUUUUCCUUUCCAAAGGUUAUUUUAUCAUAUUCCACAGUCAUAGUAAUGGGCACUAUCAAAGCAUUACUUUUUAUAGCCAUGAAAUUUUAUGGUAUUCCAAAUUUAUGCCUCAUGCGAAUUAGUUGUGUUUUUCAAAAAAAGAUGAAAUUUAGCAUACUCUAUUAUAGAAAACAUUCCUUCCAAUUUCUUUACCGUCAAAAUACUAAAAUUCCUUGUCUAACCCUUUCUGUAAAUCCUUUUGCUCUGAGUGUUGACAUGUUUUUAUUAUAAAUAUUUGAAGAACUUAAGUGAGGUUUCAAACAUGAUGUAUAAGUGACAUACUCCUUUAAGACUUUGUCUCCAUCUACCUCUAUUCUUUGCGUAAAUUAUUUAUUCUUGAACAGUUAGUUAUCCUCGCCUUCCAUGUGCUGUGUAUAUAUUUCUUUGUCAUUUGAUACAUAUUUCAAAUUCAGUAUUUUGGGGUCAAGAUUAAAUGUUGAAUAUUGUAAUUUUGAUUAAUUGUGGGGGAGGGGAACUUUAAAUUGAAUGCCGAUUGGGAUAAAAUUUCUUUUUGGAUGCUAGAACUGAAAUUUUAUGGGAUUUAAAAUUAGAAAAUAUUAUUUAAUACAAAAAUUUAACAGUUUAGGAGCUUCAAUUGAUUUUAAUUUAUUUUUGUGUCCUGAGAGGUUUGAAGCCAGUAAUCAGUGCACUGUAUUGAUAUGUCCCAGAGUGUGGGCUGUAAUUUGCUCAGUUUUGUUUAAUGUGUGGCUUUAAAUAAGUUAAUUAUGCUGCAGAUGCUGGUAUACAAUAUUUAUAGAUAUUGUAUAUUAUCUCAGGGAAAAACUAUUUAUUUACAACACAGGAAAAUUCCAAUGCAUCAAAAACACAUUUUAGAGACACUGCUUUCACGUUGAAUUCUGAUUGUGUAAAUGAAUUUUAAGUCUGCUGUAUUUGCAAAAAAACUCUUUCCUUCUGUUUGAUAAUUUGACUGACAGGUUGGAAAAUCGUACAAUGUAAUUUCAAGUGCAGGUUAUGUUACACAUGUGUAUACGCAUAAGGACCUGUCAGAUAGUGGUGCAUUUGUGAUGGUUACUGUUGUUAUAUUUCAUAUGCUUAAAAAAGGCAGACACACACGUCUUAAUUUCUCAGAAGUGAAAUUAAAGUGUUUAGGAAAAUAGGGGUGAGAAAAGGGUAUAAAAUUGAAGACUAAACUUUUUUUCAGUUCAUUAGGAACUAGUUAAUUAUACUAAAGAAGCCCUUUAAAUAUCCUUGGUAGUAUACCCAGUUUUAAAUAUACCUAGUCUUAAAAGUACUAUAGUUGGGGGGGGGGGGUGUAUUUUAAAGUUUGUUUGAGCACCUCAACAUUUUUGCUGUUGAUACUGGCUGCUUAAUUUGGGAUUUCAAAUAUUAUAUGUAUUUGUAUAAGAACUUUGAGGAAAAAAAUGAAGAGUAAUGCCAGUGGCAAGUGCAUACCGGUAUAUAUUUAUAAUUUUUUUUUUUACUUUCAAGGAUAGGCAGGACACUGAUCCCAUGAUUGAAAUAUGUUAUGCCAGAAAUGCAACAUCAUAAUAAGUGGCUGUUAUACUUUACUAGCUAUGACAUCAUAGCCUACCAAAUUACGGUACAUCUCAUAGUGGCCUAUGAGAUGUACACAAAUUGUACAUUGUGAUUUCACAGUGACAAGGUUCUUAAAUGAAUAAGAAAAUUGUUGAGGUGUAACAGUAACUCUUCCGGGCCCAUAACUCCCUUUACUGGAAAAAUAUCUCUUCCAUGUUCAAAACUCCCUUCCAGAAAAAGAAUCCUCACAUGAUUUAGACAUAUUUGUAUUGAGGCUCCCCAUUACAACAAAUUUACCAAGUAUGAGGGAAAUUCAUUAACGAAAAAAGCUUUUUUCUCACGCCACUGUCCUGCCUAUCCUUAAAGCAAUAUCUGUUCACUCAUUGACGACUUGUAUGUUAGGGAGAAAUUGAAAAUUGUAUGUGAUGCAUCAGCAAUACAUGACAUAUUACUGGGAUUGUCUCCCUUACUGCACAACAGUUUCUCAGGAUUUUCAUUGGAUAAAUGUUUAAUGUAAAAUCACAGUUUGAAAGAAAAACUAAGAAGUUUUGAAAAUGGAGUAUAUUUUCAUAAGAACAAAGAUCUCCAGGCCUAAUUUUGAUUAUUGUGAUAUUGGGAUCAUGAUGAAUGGUCGUAAAGCUGUACUGUAGGACUUUGGUGCUGAAGAUGAUAAUGGAAUGCUUGAAGUGAAAGAGAUGUACAUUAUACGUACUGUCCAGCGUUGUACGUAUGCAGAAAUAUGAAGAGAAAAUAAUGUACAUGCAUGUAGAGAAAAAUGUUCUGAAUUUUAAACAUGUCUGAUUAAGAUGUGAAUGAAUGCAUUCUGAACAAAUGUAACAUCAGAAUUUUACAUUUGAAAAUAAAUGUUUUGUACAUUUUUAUCAAUGUUGAUGGACAUUGACAAGAUAUAGAAACAUUUUUUGACAGCAUUUUACAAACGGUGAUAUUUUAUGUAUCAUUCAUUUUUCAUAUUCCAUCAUUCAACAGAGUAGAUUCGAUCAUGUGCAACAUACCGGAACAAAACAUAUCAGUAUUCCAAUGUGAGAGAACCUUUGUGCAUGAUGCAGAUUAGAUAGCAAAAAUGUAAAUGAGAGACUUGUGUAAAAUCACAUAGCAUUCUUGAGGUUAUAUUGGUGAAGGUGAGACUGUUGACCUUCAUUGUACAUAGAUAUAUUUAACCCAGCUCUAAGCUUGAAGUCAAGGUUCACUGUUCUCAGAUGUUGUUGCAUGCACAUUUUGUACAUGUGUUUGUUUGUAUAUAAAUGACCUUGACCUGCUUGCUAGUGACCCUAGGUGUCUAGCUUUGUCUGUUGAUCCUUUUUAAGAUAUUUAUGUUCUGUUUUUGUAUAUAGAUAUUGAGCUGUUACCCACAUACAAUUCCCAAACUGUAUGUAUUGUAUAUGUGUCUGUAAUGAGGUUAAAACUAUGCUGGAAAUGAAAUACACAAGAUGGCAGAAAGAAUAUACUAGUAACAAUGAAAAAACUUUUGAACUUUGAUGUAGAAGAAACUUGAUUGCAGUCCACCUCCCACCCCCCACUUCUGCUCAAUAUGUAGUUCAUGCAAAAACAAAAAUGGCUAAUUAUACCGUAAUUUAUAAAGCAUUUCAUGCUGUUUGUGCUUGUAUAUCUGUCAUUAUGUAAAUAUUUACCACUUGAAUAUUUAUUUCUUCAGAAUUAUGUCAGGCAACAGAUAAUUUGAAACAGUUUGUUGUACAAACAAUUUUAAGAUGUGACUAGUCAUUGGUUUGUUUUCGUUUUGUUUUGCUACAUUCUCAUGAAUAAAGAAAAGGGUUAAGGAUAUGUUGAAAAAAAAGAUCAUGUUUCAACUUAAUUAUUGUACUACAAUUUUAUUGUGGAAAUUUACGUCUGAUGUUAACAACAUGUGUUCCGGGGAUAAUCUUUACACUUAGUUGUUGUUUCCAUGAUGCCAAUAUAUUUUUUGCGACAAAAAGCCGUUGAAGGCAGUUAUGUAUGUGUAGGUAGUUCAGUUGCAAGUGUUGACUGUACCACCAUGCUUGAAUUAUUUAUAUUUACAGUGUGUUGGAAGUUCUGAAAUGUCAGAGAUCAGAGACACAUGUCAGACAAUCAAAGUUUCCAUCAAGUUUUAGAUUCUGUCAUCUUUUGAAUGAUUUUCUAGAUAUGAAUUUUAGCGAGUUUUUGUAUGGAUGGAUUUUUAAAUGAAAUAGUUCUUCAUCAUAGCUCGGAAUUCUUGUUCCAAUUUAUAUUCAUUGAUUUUCUUCUUUCUGACCAAAAAUCAAACAUUCGUUAAAGGAAAACCUGCAUUCCAUUUCCAAAUCACUGGAGAGUGUCUUUUUUUUUUAAAUCUUGGAUCAGACAUGAUAUUUAGAGAACGUGGAAUAGUGUCGCUGUGUCCAGUUGAAGUGAUCUCAGAGAAAGUCAGGCACGAAUGUUGUAUUGAAUCAAGUAAUGUAGAAAAAACCAUGAAAUUUAGUGUGCGAUUUCUAAUAUAGUCUUUCCUUUUUUUAAAUGUAUGUAAGUUUUGAAUCAAUAUUUGAUGAAAUUGAAGUCUUAUUAAUACUCACUAUACAACAUACAGUGAAAACCGAAUAAGCUAACUGUAUUCACAGAUUAUAAUAUGUGAUGUGAUUUACACCAUACAUGUAUGUGACAGUGUUUUCUAUUGGUUGGUUGCAUAUUAACAUUUUUUAGGGAAAUGCAAAUACAGUGUAUGUUUUCGAUUGGUAAAUUGUAGAACUUGCAUAGAUUUGAUUGGUUGAUGAUGUAUGGUUUUCUCAUGUUGUGCCUACCAUUGUAUUUAUAUUGUGAAAAUGGUCUGACUGAGAUGUGAAUAUUUUCGUACUGUAAUAUAUUCAUUUGAAGUCUACAUGUGAAUUGACAGUCCUCAAUAGACUGUCAGAACAUCAGCCAUAUUUAGAAGUAAAUCAUUCUUUUCUGGCAAUAUUCAGGUAAUUUGAGGGUUAUUUCAAUUACAUAGAGAAGGCAUCAUCUGAUUUACAUAGUAUUAAAUACAACUAUAAGUAUUAAAUACAUUUCAGCAGAAAACUAACAACCUUCAGCUACAGAAAACAAUUGUUUACUGGUCAGUAUGGCUGCACAAUGUAUUGGAGACUGACACACAUGUAUUGGCUAUGAAGAUAUGUAAUGUAAACAUUCUUCAAUGGCAUAAAACAUUUUGGUGAUUUUCUACAGUGUUCAAGUGAUGCUUUGAAAGUUUUGACAAGAUCUUUGUUGCGUUUGUUUUCAGACUAAAUGUACAUUAACAUCUGAAAUAAUAUUAAGAAGCGAGGAUGUAUUGCGUUUGAUAUUUAUAAAUGAUUAGGUCAUCCUAGUAUUGUACAAGUAGAUAGAUUUGUACAAAUAAAAGUGACAAAGAAA